AGUGUGUAUUUCAUUGUGAGCGGGGAUGAUUAUGAGAGGCGGCUGGCCAGCCGGGCGGUAGGCUGCCGUUUUUGCUCGGUAGCCUGGAAGAUUCUCUCUGUAGCUCGCGACUUGUCGAUCGUGUUCGUUCCUUGGCGGACAUUGUGAGCCUCCGCUGCUAUAGCGCCGUUGCUGGUUCGUUGAAGAGCCGCAAAUACCCUGUGGCGCAAGCGGGCGUGUUGGAGGUUUGUUCAACUGUGGCACACACCGAUCGUCACCGACAAGACAGAAGCUGAAUAAAUGGUUCGCUUCAAACUGGCUUAUAUCAACGCGCUAGCCCAUUGCCCGACCUGCUAGUAAGCCAAGUUGGCGUGAGAACUAUUAGGGACGUUGAAGAUAAAAUGAUGAGCGUCUGACAAAAAAAAAAAAAAAAGGUUAGGUAGCCCCGUUUUUCGACAUUGCCUUCGCUGAGUACUUCAAAAGCGCUCAGCAUGACCUGGUAAGUAAGCUGAAUAUUUAGUAUAGUGUUGCUCUAAAUUUUGCCGAUGGUUCUGCACUCUUACUGCACAGAUUUUCCAAAGCCUUAAACAACUUGGGAAACUGAGUCCUCGAUGAUAAAUAGCCAGCAAGAGCAAAUUACACUCCCGUGAAUGUCGUUCUCAAUACAAACGAUGCCUUUAAGUUUUCCAAUAUAUGUCGCAGAAUAUAGCUAGAUAUCGAAUUUGAUUAUCAACCAAUGGAAGCCAUCGCAAUGAGAGCGUUUCGAGAUCCCCACAUAGUGCACUCGACAACAAUACUGUUUUGCAUGAGCUAGUCCUGCCGCGCACUACAUGUUAAGAGGGGCCAUCACUGAAGGAAACUAAUUUCACAGUGCAUACGAAGCUUAAAAACAUUACCGUUGUGCAUGCAAGGGCUACUGAUUGUUCCACAUGGUGCAGUUGAAAGUGAAAGGCUUGCAAAAUGAAAAGAAAAAAAUGCCCAAUUGGACUGCGUAAUCCUCGGCACUUGUGUGUUCAGCAAAUUUCACAGAACUCCGGUCUUGGCAUUUUGUAUGUUGGAGGCCACCGAUUGCUCCCAUAGCUUCUGUAUUCGAAAUUCUACGGGCGUCCAUCGGGCUGACCACGCUUUUUAUUUGCGUUUGAGUGAGUGCUGCUGGUGCUGAAAGCACUACGUCAUCAAUGAGCAGCAAGCAUCUCAGUCGCCCAUUUGUCCCGGAUAGUUCAACUUCGCCGUCAACAGAGCGAGUCUCAUCUACCUCCAUUGAAGUGGCGCUCUGUGGCGCUGGCUUUUCAAAUCCAGGGAGAACACGAGGAAUGCGUGAGAUGAAAAUUCAAGACGAUUAGAAAAACGAGGACAAGGUGAAAGCAAGAGAAAGCUUUUUGCCUAGUGGACUUGUCUCUGUCAAAUAACACGUAGGUUCAUCGCACACGUAUUACACGAAAUCCUGCCUGAGGUGUAGUGAAGGUGCGUAUAAGCCACCUUGCUUGAUUGAGUAAUAGCAGGAAAAGCUACGCUCUGGUGUGAAUGAGACGACUCGUUAAGUGCAACAAAAAGUGAGCAUGACAAAGUAAAAUGAGAACUGGUAGCGUCGCCAAAGAAAGGUUGAGGCAAUAUCACGCAAGAAUAUUCCCGGCCAGGUUUAGGGCUAACAGCGAAAUUUCAACGGGUGCCAUAACGCAGUGGUAUCUCGUAGUUUUCACAGCUUACGCUUGCAUUUACUUUGCUCACUUAGUCGUACCCCGUUAUGUUUCAUUUCCUCUAGUUCUAUACAUUUUAAUUUCACUUAGACAAGUGUUGUCAAAGAGCUUUUAAUUUUACUUUCGGCCGGUGCAGUUUCUGUGUACGUAUUGCUGUUUAUAAACAUGCAUCGGAGAGCAGAAAAUAAAAGUGUACUUUAUUGCAUGCGUUGGUUGCACGACUUAAUUGUUUUUCUUCCAGCCUACACCUUCGUAUACACAAGUGGGCCCACUUCGGGUACGGUGUAUUGGACGAGUGCGGCGCACGGGGAGAUUCAAUUUCCGGAGACAUACUUCUCGGCAGGCACGCCUACACUUUCGUAUACACGAGUGGGCCCAGUAUCGCUACGGCGUAUUCGACGAGUGCGGUACACGGGGAGACUCAAUUUCCGGAGACCUACUCCUCGAGAGGCACAGGACAACGUGUUUCCCGAAAAGCAAAGUGCGAAUCGGGAAUUCCUCGUUUUCCGGAGACCGUCAACGCUACAAGGUGACUUCGAGAGGCUGCGGGGAAAGCGAGACUACAUUCCUCUUCAAACCGACGUAUACUUUCGUAUACAUGAAUGCGCCCACUUUCGCUACGGCGUAUUCGGCGAGUGCCGUACACGUGGAGACUCAAUUUCCGGAGACCUACUCCUCGGCAGGCACGUCGCAUGGCCUUGCUGAGAGCGUCACUCGCUCCUACACGGUGGUUAUUCUGCUUGGUGAGCGUUCGCUCUGGAACUACGGAUGAAAAUGACGGUGGCUACACCAAUAUCAUGGUAUCGAUACACCCGGAUGGUAUCCAACGAAGACAGUGUGCGGAAUCUUGAGGCACGGCCUACACUUUCGUAUACACGAGUGGGCCCAUUUACGGUACGGUGUACUCGACGAGUACGGCACACGUGGAGACUCAAUUUCCGGAGACUUACUCCUCGAGAAGAACGGUCAUGCUUGUAUCGCAAUGCCGGCUCUUGCACACAGCUGCGCGCGGCUGAGUUUACUUCAAGAACUUCAUCGUUGAAUUUCCGAAAUUGUGGCCUAAGAGAAAGGAAAAGUGAGGUGCGAAUCGGGAAUUCCUCAUUUUAUGGAGACGGUCAACGCUACACGGAGACAUCAAGAGGCUGCGGGGAAAAGGGAGACUACAUUCCUCUUCAAAGCGACCUACACUUUCGUAUGCACGAGUGGGCCCACUAUCGGUACGGCGUAUUCGACGAGAACGGCACACGUGGAGACUCAAUUUCCGGAGACCUACUCCUCGGCAGGCACGCCUACACUUUCGUAUACACGAGUGGGCCCACUAUCGCUACGGCGUAUUCGACGAGUGCCGUACACGGGGAGACUAAAUUUCCGGAGACCUACUCCUCGGGAGGCACGGUCAUGCUUGGAUCAGAAUGCCGGUUCUUGCACACAGCUGCGAGCGGCCGAGUUCACUUCGAGAAGUUCAUCAUUGAAUUUCGAAAUUGUGGCGUAAAAGAAAGGAAAACCGAAGUGCGAAUCGUGAGUUCCUCCUGUAGGGGGGACUAUCAACGCUACACGGUGAUGUCAAGAGGCUGCGAGGAAAGGGAGACUACAUUCCUCAUCAAGGAGAGUAUAUCCUAGACCUGAACCUUCUGACAACGGAAAAAAAUGCAA